GACCCAGCAACAAAUUCUUGAGCCUUAAAGAGUAUACACAACCUUUGAAAUUAUUGAGUACCAAAUGCUUCUAUGUAGUAUGUACUCCAAGUGAUGUUUAAGUAAAGUAGCCUUCCAAACCAAACUAGCUAACUUGUUCCAUGUGUGCCAACAAAACAUAUGGUAAAAGAUAAGGGGAUUUCAAUUAUGAAUGACGUCAAUGAUCCAUUAAGAGCAGAGAAGUACCCUUUCAGUAAAUUCACCAUGAACCUGAAACUUCUUUUAAAGUACAGCCUACAUGAACGUUUGAGUUACUUCUCUUUGGUACACUACACUAGCAGGAUUGGUGCCGGGCAUGUGUCCAUGAGACGAAUUGAUGUGGCCAUGGAACAGAGAUCUGCUACCGUGGUUCGGCAGAACAGAGUUCUGGCCUUCUUGGCUGGAUGCCUGCAUGUAGCAAGCAACCCACAAGCUAUAUGCUAGUUACUAAGAGAUUAUUUUAAGCAGUCUCAUUUUUUAACUUGUAGGCCAUGGGAUCGAUAUAUAGAAAUUUAAAAGCGUGUUGAACUCUGUCACGAAUACUAACUGACCAGAAAAUAACUCUGAAAAAUAGGGUACGCCACAAUUGCAGAAACCCACAAGCUCAAGCCAUCUUCAAAAAGAAAAAAAAAGGACAAAUUCACAAGCUUUUUGUUAGUCGUCUCAAGGCGCUGUGGGUUUCUAGGUGGUUUCUGGUUAACGCGUAUGCACAAGUCUGCUCAGUCAAUUGCUUAGUGCCGACGGAGAGAGCUGCCUGAAGAAGUCUUUCCCGCUGCAUCCAAGAAACGGAGACCGCAAUGGCAGCAGACUAGACACCCUCUUCCUCCGCGUCUCCACAGCGCUCGCCGGAGGAGGUGCCACCGGCCGGAGACCCGCCAUGGCCGACGCCGCCAACGAUCCUACCGCUAACUACUACAGUGGCCGCCCCCUGAGCUACGACGCGCAGCAAGCGCAGGCGGCGCCACCGGCACGGCCGCAGCCGGCCGUCGGCGAACAGGCCAGCGCUCCGCCGGCGCCGGCGCCGGCGCCGACGCGGCAGCCACUGCGGGACGCUACCGAAAAGGCCAACCACACUCAUGUCCAUGGCGUUCCUGGGUACUACAAAGGCCGCGUGAACAAGACGAACGCUGCUGCAAGUGAUCACAGCCGUGCUGCAGCUCCUCCUCCUGCUCCUGCUGCAGUUGAACCGGAAAAGGAAUUGACCAGCUGCAUUGACAAACUUCUCUGGUGCUUCACGGGCGGCAAAAACAUGAAAUAGGUUGAGGCACCCGUGCUCGCCGUUCGGGGAAGGAAGCUGCAUGAUUACACCACGGCUGAUCGAUACUGAAAAGUUGAGGUUUUUGGUUUCAGAGUUUUAUCCCCUGCAAUUCGUUUGUACAAGUUCAUGCUGAGGCAGAGUCAAUGAGUCUAUUCAGUAUGACCCAUCAAUUUAUACUCUGCUCAAUGAUAUAAAUCAGAGAAUUUGUCAUUUGGUUUUACCUCCAGGGACAGUAGUAUAAAAAAAAUAAGUCCAUU